CUCGGGCGAGUUCGCCGCCUUUAUGAAGGGAAGUGAGCCUCCGCGAUGAGAAGAGCGGAAAAUGAGUAAAACCGGAAGGCGAGGAGGCACAGACAGGAGAAGGAAGGACGUGAAGCAGGAGCGAGUCGCGCCGUAAUACACCGCGGCGAAGAUGAGAUCGGAAACUGCGUUGUAUCUGCUCUCGAUGCUGAUCCUGUCGCUCAAUGAUCCCUCGUGGGCUUCUGCUGAAAUCAGAGGAUGCAAUCGUACUAUCAGAAAUUCGGUCGGCUGGAUUCGAUGGACGGGACGAAUGGGUCGAUGCAUCGUGCGAAUCAGAGCACCGCUCAAGGAUCCCCAGGUGAUCGAAGUGAAAGUCAGAAGGCUGCAGGUGGGCUUCCUGAAGGAGGCCCGUUGCGAGGGUGCGUAUUUUCAGUUUUCAGAUAGCGCCGACGAUCCGGAGGACGAAACAACAGGUCGAUAUUGCGGCCACGUGACCGGAAAUACUACGAGGCUAUUUCUGCGACGCGGUCCCGACCUAACGAUCAUCUUGUCGUCGGACGAGCAGUUCGCGUCGGCGAACCCGGUCAUCUUUUCCGCACAAUUCUCCAUCCUGCCGAUCCGCCUGGCGGUCGAGCGUCAUCGCGGCUACUCCGCGUCCGCGUCGCCGACGUGUCCCGUGGAGUGCACCGUACGCAACGAGCACAGGACCUGCCGACUGACCUCGCCGGGUUAUCCCAGCGUCUAUCCACGUGGGAUUAGAUGCAGGAUAGCCUUGGAGUCGAACGCCGGUCGCUUCAGGAUAGGCGGUCAGCCGGAGGAUCUAUUCGACCUGAUGAACUACACCGAUCAGGAGAGCUGCCAGAUGGAGAAUUGCGAGGACUCCUUCGACUCCUUCGGGGAAAAGGGCGGCUCGCCGGCCGCGAGGGGUGAGAAUCGCGUCGAGGCGGAUGAAUCUAUUGUCGGGGACGAUUGGUCGAGAAACGAGCACGGUGAUGGCUGGAUUCCUGCGAUGAGGCACACCGCGGAAACGGACGGACAAUUAACGAGACUCAGGCAUUACGAGAAAAAGGCGAUACGGUGGCACGAGGGGAAGCAACAGCGUCACAAAGAGCUGCCGCCUAAGUCCGACACGAGUGAGCCGAAGCUUCGCAUAAAAUCAAUGCGUUCGAAGAUAACGAGAAAGAACCAUCGAGGGGUCGUCCCGUCGAAUCGUUACUUCAAUGGUGAUUCUGAAAGGCCGAGCGAAACGAUCGGCAGCGUGACGGCACCGGAACCCAAAUACCUCAGGGAGAAUCGAUCGUCGAGAAACGCGUGCGGCGACGGCGACUAUCUCGCGCUUCUGGAAAACGUGGAGGGACGGGUCCUGGAGAUCUCGAGAUUCUGCGGCAGCGGCCGGGUGCCGCGCAUCUACUCGCGCGGGAGAAACGUCAUUCUGGAGUUCGUCGCGCGCGAGAACGGCACCGUGACCCACGACGGCUUCCAGGUGACCCUGCACGAAGAGCGCGUAUCGCGGGAGGUGAGACGCACGAGAUGCGAAUUCGCGUACAGGAGCACCGGCCGGCCGCAAAACGGCAGGGAGAGCAUCAGAUCCCCGCGGAGCUGGUAUCCCCCUGAUACCGUGUGCACUUACAAGUUUCUCGGCAGAGCCAUGGAGAAGGUCUCGAUUCACAUAAAGAUCCUCAGAAACGAGCCCGAGCACGAGAAACCGGAGACGGGGAGGCGAAACUUUACUCUAAACUCUUGUCCGGGCAACGAAAUUACUGUUUACAAUGGAGCGCAGGUAAACGACAGCUUCCUGAUGUGGUCCUACUGUGAUGCAUCUCACUGGGACAUCAACAACAUCCAAGUACCUUUGACGUCUAGCGGAAACGAAUUAUUGAUCCAGUACUACAGCGCCAAAGGGUCCCACGAUGGGCAGGGAUUCACUUACGUUAUAUCCUACCGAUUCAUCAGAAAGGAGCGCAACUCUACCGUCGCGAAACGUAAAUACAAAUCGAUCUCGCUGAGGCCGAUCAAUCUUUCGGCUCUCAAUCUCAACGACACCGACAUCUACGACUGCGACAGUAGGAUCAGCACGUUCAAGAACUGGUUCGCGGUGCUCGCGGUCUUCGGUAUCGUAUCCUUCGUCGGUGCCGUCGCCACGAUAGUCGCCCUGACAGUCAAAUGCUUGCGGAUCGGAUCCACCGAGAAGAAGCUCUUGCAAAACGCGAAGCAGUGAGGUUGCGAAACCCGCGCGAGGGUUUCACGUUUCCCCUCAUUCAUCGAGCAACAAAACUGAAAACGAUCCAAGUUAUCGGGAUUCUGCUCGUAGAGCAGAGAGAGAGAGAGAGAGAGAGAGAGAGAGAGAGAGAGAGAAAGCUUGCAGCUCUCGCACACGGAAAUCAUCGAAGAAAAAAGGAGGGAAACUAGAGCUGAUCGAGGGUUCGGAGCGCUGGAGACUCGCGGGAUGUCGGUCACACUUUUCUACGAGUCAUAUUUACACGACGACGCGUGUAAAUAAUAUCUGCGAGGAAAAGAAGAUGUAUGGAGAAGAGUUUUGACAUCGUAUUUUCGAUAUUUCGCGGUGCGGAAAGAUUGCCCCGCUUCCUCACACGCGGAGAACGAUGUACAACUAUUGUAUACCAACUUGGAUUUUUAUACGUAAUACACGUAACAGUAGCAAACCGCAAUAAAAUACAUGUAAGCAGAAAAUAAAUUGGCGGAAUCAUUGCGAUCCUUAACAUGCGUGAUUUCGAUCAAACCUUCGAUUAA